AUGGUCUUCGAGUCUGUGGUCCGACCUGCUCAACAAGUUCAUCGGGACUACGUGGAGAACCUUGACAAGUCCCAGCUCAAGAUCGGGAUCUGGGGAGGAAAUGUUGUACUCGAGAACCUAAAAGUGAAGGAGAAUGCUUUGAGUGAGUUUGACGUUCCGUUCAAAGUGAAGGCCGGACAGAUCGGGAAGCUGACGCUGAAGAUUCCCUGGAAGAAUCUUUACAAUGAAGCCGUGGUGGCCACGUUGGACGGUCUGUACCUGCUGGUCGUCCCUGGAGCCACGUUAAAGUUUGAUGCAGGGAAGGAGGAGCGUUACCAGCAGGAGAUGAAGCAGAGAGAGCUGCAGCACAUCGAGGAGGCACUGCAAACGGCUGCACGCCGAGCGUCUCAAACUGGAGAUCUGCUGUACGGUCUGGAGAGUGUUGUGUACAAGGAGCCUCACAACGUCCCAAAAGGAUUUAAAAAACACAAAAAGUCUAAAAAAGGCUUGAAGAAGUUGAAACGACACGACAACAAAGCAGAGAAACCUCAGGAGGAGAAGAAGGACACGUUUGUGGAGAAGAUGGCGACUCAGGUGAUCAAAAACCUGCAGGUUAAGAUCAGCAGCAUCCACCUGCGCUACGAGGAUGACCUGUCAGACCCACAGCGCCCCCUGUCUGUGGGAGUAACACUGUCAGAGCUCAGCCUGCAGACCACUGACGAGAACUGGAAGUCGUGUAUCCUGAACGAAGCGGCAAAGAUCAUCUAUAAGCUCGGCCGUCUGGACUGUCUGUGCGCCUACUGGAACGUUAACAGUCCCAUCUUUUACAAAGGAUCAUGGGAAACUAUCGUGGAUCAGCUGAAGUCUGGGAUCAGCACCAAAGACCGGGAGCUUCCUCACUAUCAGUACAUUUUUAAGCCGAUCUUUGCUUCGGCUAAAACGUGCAUCAACCCGAACGCUGAGCUGGAACUGAAAACUCCAAAAGCAAAUCUUCACCUGGAGGUUCAGAACAUCGCCAUAGAGAUGACCAAACCACAGUACCUGAGCAUGGUGGAGGUGCUGGAGUCCAUCGACUGCAUGGUAAAAAACGCCCCCUACAGGAAGUUCAAACCUGAUGUCAACGUCCACAUGAAUGCCAAACUCUGGUGGAGGUACGCCUUCAACAGCAUCAUGGAGGUCCACAUCAGACGCUACAGUCGCAUGUGGUCCUGGUCCAACAUCAAACAGCACAGAGAGCACCUGAAAGUCUACAAGAGUGCCUAUAAGACUAAACUGUUGAGCCAGAACAAGCCGAACCAAGACACAGAACGACAGGUCCAGGACCUGGAGAAAGUCCUGGAUGUCUUCAACAUCACUUUAGCCCGGCAGCAGGCCCAGAUGGAGGUGAUCAGGUCCGGACAGAAGGUGGUGGGGAAGAAGGCACCAGGGGGGCAGAAGCAGGGAGGAGGUUUCUUCAGCAGCUUAUUUGGUAGAAAGGCCAAGAAGGAGGAGGCGGAGCCAGAGGAGUGCAAGGACACAGAAAGUUCAGGUUUGGACGAGCUCAUCACGGCCGAGGAGAAAGAAAAACUCUACACUGCAAUCGGCUACAGCGGCAGCUCUCACAACCUGGCUUUACCCAAACAGUAUGUCGCCGUGGUCGUCACCUUCCAGCUGUUCAGGACCUCAGUGACGGUCCGAGAGCUGCCAGACAUCCCAGAGAUCCUCAAAGUCCAGAUGAUUGACCUCAGCACCAAAAUCUCUCAGAGACCUGGAGCUCAGGCCUUAAGGGUGGAGGUAGCGCUGGAGCACUGGUAUGUUACAGGUUUACAGCAGCAGGGGGCGGUACCUUCGCUCAUUGCCUCAGUAGGAGACUCCUCGUCCUCUCUGCUCAGCGUGGCGUUUGAGGUAAACCCACAGGAGAGCGCCGCCGACCAGCUGCUCAGAGUCCACUCUCAGCCUGUGGAGAUCAUCUACGACGCGCUGACGGUGAACAGUCUGGCCGACUUCUUUAAGACGGGGAAAGGUUUGGAUCUGGAGGUCCUGACCUCGGCCACGCUCUCCAAACUGGAGGAGAUCAAAGAGAAAACCGCUACAGGCUUGUCUCACAUUAUUGAAACCAGGAAGGUCCUGGACCUGAGGAUCGAUCUGAAGCCAUCCUACCUGCUGGUACCAAAGUCCGGUUUCUACAGCGAAACGUCAGACCUCAUCAUCAUAGACUUCGGCAGCUUACAAUUGAACAGUGUUGAGCAGAGCGGUCUCAGUUCGUCUCCGUCCUCCUUCUCCUCUUUGGAGGAAAUCAUGGAUCGAGCCUAUGAGAGAUACAACGUGGAGCUACGACGAGUCCAGGUGCUCUACAGCAAGUCAGGUGAGGCCUGGAAGUCAGCCCGGCUGCAGGGUUCAUCAGUCCAACACAUCCUCCAGCCAAUGGACUUCACUGUCCAGCUGGCCAAGUGUAUGGUGGAGAAGGACGCCAGGAUGCCCGGGUUAAAGGUGUCUGGGGAGCUGCCGCUACUGCAUGUUAAGAUCUCAGACCAGAAGAUAAAGAACGUUCUUGAACUGGUGGACAGCAUCCCGCUGCCCAGCAGGGGCUCCACCCCCUCCACCCCCACAGAGAAGGUGCUCUCGUUGGCGGAGGCCCGACCACGAGCGCUGAGCCUUCACCCCUCCCUCCUCAACACCAUGGAAACAGAUUCGGAUGAAGACACCAGUGAGAAGUCAACGGACGAGGAUCACCAGCGCUCGGCUCUGGAGGAGCUCACGGACCUUCACUUCAAGUUUGAAAUCAAAGAGGUGCUGUUGGAGCUAACCCGGCAGGUGGACCAGGAGAAGACCAUCCUGUCCUUAAGCGUCUGUGAGCUGGGAGCUGAAGGGAAGAGUCGGAGCUUCGACCUGAGGGUCUCCUCAUACCUGCGCAGAGUCACCCUGGACUACUGCGACGUACCAGACGGCAGGAAUCAUCCUCUCCACCUGAUCAGCUCCUCAGAGCAGCAGGGCUCCAACUUGCUGAAGGUGGAUUUCAUGAAGGCUGACCCCAGCGGCCCCAGCUUCCAGACUCUGUUCAACAACACGGAGCAAACACUGAAGGUGGAGUUCACCUCUCUGGACUUCCUGCUUCACACCAAAGCUCUGCUGUCAACCAUCAACUUCCUGAACAGCGCCGUGCCGCCGCAAUUCACCGCCGCUCGAGACCAAGACGCCCAAAAAAAGGUGGAGAAGACCGGAGCGGGCCGGACAGUGUCUAAAGGAAGCAAAGAUGGCGGCGUUUUCAGCUUCAAGCUGUUUGCAGUGUUGGGUUGUUUCCACGUGGAGGUGUGUGACGAUCGCUGCAGCAUCGCUGAUAUCAGAGUCCAAGGAAUCGAUGCGUCGGUGUUGGUGCAGGCGAAGGAGACGGAGGUGUUCGCUCGACUCCGAGACAUCUUGGUCACAGACGUCAGCCCCAAAACUGUCCACAGAAAGGCGGUGUCCAUCAUGGGUGAGGAGGUGUUCAGCUUCAAACUCUCCUUGUUUCCGGGGGCAACGGAGGGGGAGGGUUACAGCGACACGACAAAGGUGGACGGGAAGGUCACGAUGCGUCUGGGCUGCAUCCAGAUCAUCUACCUGCACAAGUUCCUCAUGUCGCUGCUGAUGUUCAUCGAUAACUUCCAGACGGCUAAAGAAGCUCUGAGCGCCGCCACAGCUCAGGCGGCGGAGAAGGCGGCGUCCAGAGUUCGGGGCUUCGCCCAGAAGAGUUUCCGUCUGUCCAUGGACAUCAAGCUGAAGGCACCGCUCAUCAUCAUCCCGCAGUCCUCCACCUCCCAUAAUGCCGUGGUGGCGGAUCUGGGUCUGAUCACGGUGGGGAACAGCUUCUCCCUGCUGCCGGCUGAAGGCUUCUGUCUGCCGGCGGUGGUGGAGAAGAUGGACAUCAAGCUGACUCAGCUGAAACUCUCCAGAACCACGCUGAAACAAGACUCCUCUCAGCCUGACUUUGAGAUCCUCCAGCCAAUCAACUUACAGCUGCUCGUCACCAGGAACCUGGCUGCUUCCUGGUUCACCAAGUUUCCUGGAGUCCAGGUCCAGGGGGUCCUGCGGUCCCUCAACAUGAGUCUGGGCGAGGAAGACCUCGGGGUGCUGAUGAUGGUCCUGGUGGAGAACAUCGGGGAGGGGAGUAAAGAGCACAGCAUGGAUGUCAAAAGACAGGUGGCUCAAGAGAAGGCGGAGCUUGCUCAGCAGCCGGUGGAGAUGGUAUCGUUACAGACGGGAUCAGCUUUGGCCGCCACCACCACCAUGAGCCUGACUGAAAACACCGUCAACGUUCUCCUCAAUUUUGAAAUCAAAGAGGUGCUGCUGACCCUAAAGAAGCCCAGAGAGCAGAAGGAGUCACCUUUCCUGGUCUUUCAUGUCGCUCACCUGGGCAUCAACACCGAAGUCAGGAAGUACGACAUGUGUGCCACGACGUACAUCAACAAGAUCACCAUGAAGUGCCUGGAGUUCGAAGACUCCAGCGGCGAGCCGUUGUGUCUCAUCAGCUCCUCGGUAGAGUCUGGAGCUGAACUGCUCAAAGUGCAGUAUUUCAAGGCCGACCGCUCGGGGCCGAACUUCUGCACAGUGCACAAGAACACGGAACAGAUGAUCAACGUAACCUUCACCUCUCUGGACCUCAUGCUCCACACUGAGGCUCUGCUGUCAGCCAUCAACUUUCUGUCGAUUGCGCUGUCGUCCAGCAGCGUGACGUCUCCAGAGAAGGAGAUCAGACCGAGGACAGAGGACAAGACGGUCUCCACCAAGUCCACUGCCCUGGUGUCACCGGCAGACAGCGAGGUCAUCGACCUGAAGGUGACGAUGACGCUGGGAGCCUUCAACGUCCUGGUCUGCGACCAAAGCUGCAACAUGGCUGACAUCAAGAUCCAAGGUCUUAAUGGCUCUCUGCUGGUGCAAGGACCACAAACUGACAUAUCGGCCCGCUUGAGAGACUUCAUCGUCCUCAACGUUGAUCCCAGAAGCAUCCACAAGAAGGCCAUCUCCAUCGUGGGUGAUGAGGUGUUCAGCUUCACCAUGAGUCUGACGCCCAACGCCACAGAGGGCGCCGGCUACGCCGACACCUCCAAAACCGACGGCAGGGUGAAGCUGAACGUGGGCUGCAUCCAGGUGGUUUACCUGCACAAGUUCAUCGUGUCUCUGCUGAACUUCGCCAACAACUUCCAGAUGGCUAAAGAAGCUCUGAGCGCCGCCACAGCUCAGGCGGCGGAGAAGGCGGCGUCCAGCGUUCGAGACUUUGCGCAGAAGAGUUUCCGUCUGGCCAUGGACAUCAAGCUGAAGGCUCCGCUCAUCGUCAUCCCCCAGUCCUCCACCUCCCAUGAUGCACUUGUGAUGGACCUGGGUCUGAUCACGGUGGGAAACAGCUUCUCUCUGCUACCCGUCGAUGGAUGCCCGCUGCCGGCCGUCAUCGACAACAUGGACGUCCAGUUGACGCAACUCAAACUCUCCAGGACCCUUAUGGACCCGGCGACGUGUCGACCCUGCAGUGAGCUUCUGGAACCGGUAAACCUGAACCUGAACAUUAAGAGGAACCUGGCUGCUUCCUGGUACAAGAAGAUGGUCGCUGUGGAGGUCGAUGGACAUCUGAAGCCCAUGAAGGUGGAGCUGAGCCAGGACGACCUGACGGUGCUGCUCAGGAUCCUGAUGGAGAAUCUGGGAGAGGCUGGUGGUCUGGAGCCUCCCGCCCCGAGACAGGAGGCCAGCGUGCAGCUCCGGGCGGCCGGAGGCCCCCUUUCAGGGGAUGCUGGGAAGCCCGCUGGAAGCAGUGACGAAGAGGAGGACGAAGCUGUGGAGACCAUGAAGUUUAACUUCACCAUCGAGUCUCUUGGUCUGAUUCUGUACAGCAAUGACCCAAAACAGCCGUUGGACCUGCAGCACCAGAAGAACCUGAGACUGGGCGAGUUCGCGCUCCACCUGCUGAAGACUUCAGGGAAGAUCCUGGCCAACGGCAGCAUGGAGGUGUCCACUGUCCUCAGCGCCUGCACGCUGGACGACAUGAGGACAGGCAUGGACAGGGUGACCUCACGCAUGGUGGGGCGGAGAGACGAGGAGAGCUCCGAGGCCAUGGUGGAGGUGACGUAUCGACAGAGUGCUGCAGAACGGGAGGUGGUGGCUGUCCUGCAGAAACUCUACCUGUGUGCCAGCGUGGAGUUUCUGAUGGCCGUCGCAGAUUUCUUUCUGCAGGCUCUGCCACAGAGUUCCACUCGGACCACCGCCUCUGCACCGAGCGACAGACUGCCACUGAGACAGACUGCCGAGCCGCGAGCCGACGCCAAGACCGUCUCGAUGGUCAGGACUCGUCUUCGGGCGGUGGUGGUGGACCCAGAGGUGGUGUUUGUAGCCAGCCUGAUGAAAGCGGACGCCCCCGCUCUCGUGGCCUCAUUUCAGUGUGACUUGACCCUGCAGGCCGAGGAGGACGCUACCCAGAACAUGAGAGCCAACCUGAGGGAGCUGAAAGUCCUGGCCUGCCCGUUCAUCCAAAACAAGAAGGACAAGGCUGUUACCACUGUGUUGAGACCCUGCUCACUCGCCCUGGAAACCAAAACCCACGCUAACCAAGGACUGAGCGGCUCUGUGAUGGUGGAGGAAGUCAUUAUCAAGAUCUCACCGUUCAUCCUCAACACGGUGAUGACAAUAACAGCCGCCAUGACGGCAAAGCAGUGUGACGAGCAGAGUCAGGAGUUAAGGCCGGGCGUCGACGACCUCUGGUCGGUCAUGAACAUCUACGGCUGUAAUUUCUGGUUCCUGGGGGUGGACCAGGCUGCCGAGGUCACCGAGAACUUCAGAGAGCAGGACGGACACAACGAGGGCGAGAGCUUUGCUGCAGAGGUCAAGGUGGUCCAGGUGACUCUGGAGUCCGGUUUGGGUCAUCGGACCGUCCCUCUGCUGCUGGCCGAGUCCUCCUUCAAUGGAUCGGCCAAAAACUGGUCGUCUCUGCUGCAGCUGACAGCCGACAUGACGCUGGAGGUUAACUACUUUAAUGAGCUUCAUGCAGUGUGGGAGCCUCUGAUCGAACGAGUUGACAGUGGCAAACGCAGAUGGAACCUGCAGCUCGAGAUGAAGAACAACCCGGUCCAGGACAAGAGUCCCGUUCACGGAGACGACUUCGUCAUUCUUCCUGAACCUCGCACAGCCAUCAGCAUCUGCUCCAAAGACACCAUGAACAUCACCGUCUCCCAGUGCAGCCUCAACGUCUUGUACAACCUCGCCAAGGUGUUCUCAGAGGGCACAGCCUCCACCUUCGACUCCUCUUUGAAAGAGAAAGCCCCCUUCACCAUCAGAAACUCUCUUGGGAUUCCUCUCAUCGUGCAGCACAGCAGCAACCUGAGGCCGGUGGGGUCAUCAGCGCAGGGACGGAUACAUGAGCUGUCCGUGGAUCAGAGCAUGGACCUGGAGUACUCUGUGUUCGAGCCGUCAUCACGGGGCAAACUGUCAGCUCUGCAGCGGCAAGAGAGCUGCCUGUUCCACCUCACCAUCGUUCCCUCCGGAUACAGCGAGAUCUCCAACAUCGCUGUAGACAAACCGGGUCGACGUCUCUACAACAUCCGUAGUCCGUUGAUACCGGAGGCGGUCUCUGUGCUGCUGCAGAUCGACGCUGCAGAGGGCAACAAGGUCAUCACUGUCCGUUCGCCGCUGCAGAUAAAGAAUCACUUCUCUGUGCCGUUCACCAUCCUGAUGUACUGUCCAAAGUCCAGGAGCCUGCAGAGCGUCGGACAGGCCGAACCUGAGAAAGAGUUUCACAUCGCCUUAGAAACAUACAGAUGUCAGCUGUUUGUACGUCCGGCGGGUCGUCUGGAGGCUCAGUACGGUCCGUCCUCCACCUGCGUGGCGUGGAAGGAGCAGGUGCACCGCAGCUCGGAGGUGCGUUCGGUGCUGCAGUGUCCGGCGGCCGACAGCAGCCUGCUGCCGCUGAUGGUCAGCACGCUGGCUGUCCCCGACGACCUGCGACACAUCGCCAGCCACGGAGAGGAAGACUGGUACCCCGCCUACGUCAUCCACCUCCACCCUGUGGCCACGCUACGCAACCUGCUGCCCUACACCGUCCGCUACUUGAUGGAGAACUCAGCAGACACUUAUGAGCUUCAGGAAGGAAGCACGUCGGACCUCCUGAACGCUCGUGUCUCAGGUGAGAUCAUGUCGUUGGUGCUGAUGAGGUAUCAGGGCCGCGACUGGCACGGACAUCUUCGUGUCGAACAGGAAAUGCCGGAGUUCUUUGCCGUGUGUCUCACGUGUGACUCGGACACCAACGUGACGGUGGAUGUGAGCGUUCACGUGACGAGGACGGCGAGCCGCCUGCUGCUGUCACUCUUCAGCCCGUACUGGAUCAUCAACAAAACUUCUCGAGUGCUGCAGUACAGAGCAGAGGACGUCAGCUUCAAACACCCGGCCGACUGCCGCAUCUUCCUGUUCUCUUUCAGGAAAAAGAACCUCUUCAGCAAGAACAAG